GAACUUCCGGGGCGGGGCGCUAAGAUGGCGGCCACCAAGAGGGUGCUGUAUGUGGGCGGGCUGGCGGAGGAGGUGGACGAGAAGGUGCUGCACGCCGCCUUCAUCCCGUUCGGCGACAUCACCGACAUCCAGAUCCCGCUGGACUACGAGACCGAGAAGCACCGCGGGUUCGCCUUCGUGGAGUUCGAGCUGGCGGAGGAUGCAGCAGCAGCCAUUGACAACAUGAAUGAGUCUGAACUCUUUGGUCGGACAAUUCGAGUGAACUUGGCCAAACCCAUGCGAAUUAAAGAAGGAUCGUCUCGGCCAGUGUGGUCAGAUGAUGAGUGGCUGAAGAGGUUCUCAGGAAAAACUCUGGAGGAGAACACAGAGGAAGGAGGAACAGAGGCACCCAAAUCAGAGGCACAGGAGGGUGAGCCUCCUGCCAAGAAGUCCCGGGCUAACCCCCAGGUUUACAUGGACAUCAAGAUCGGCAACAAACCUGCGGGGCGGAUCAAGAUCCUGCUGCGGUCCGACGUGGUGCCCAUGACCGUAGAAAACUUCCGCUGCCUCUGCACCCAGGAGAAGGGCUUCGGCUUCAAGGGGAGCAGCUUCCACCGCAUCAUCCCUCAGUUCAUGUGCCAGGCUGGGGACUUCACCAACCACAACGGCACCGGAGGAAAAUCCAUCUAUGGGAAGAAGUUUGAUGAUGAAAACUUCAUUCUAAAGCACACGGGACCGGGGCUGCUGUCCAUGGCAAACUCCGGCCCGAACACCAAUGGCUCACAGUUCUUCAUCACGUGUGAUAAAACGGACUGGCUGGAUGGGAAGCACGUGGUGUUUGGGGAGGUGACGGAGGGCAUGGAUGUGGUGCGGCAGAUUGAGGCUCAGGGCACCAAGGAAGGGAAACCAAAGCAGAAGGUGAUAAUCUCCGACUGUGGGGAGUGUGUGUGACCGCGGCACUGCUGCUCCUGCCACGUUUGGUGCCCCUUGCCUGCAGCUGUGCUGUGCAGUGGGCGGGGAGGGGGCUGCGGGGCGUGUUGUGCCCUCACUGCUUGGUGCUCCCACUCGUCUGCCAUGCGCCUGGUGAAGACUUCUUAUAUUUGGCAGAAGUAAUAAAACCUAAUUUUAGAAAAACUGCAGGCCUGCCCUGGCUGUUGGUUCCCACUGAGCGGGGAUGCUCUUGAAAUCUCGAGAUUUGGAAGGCUCCUUGCAGGCAUUCCCAGCAAGCGCUGAGCCAGGUGCGUUCCACCCAGAGCUGUUACUGUGUCCUGAGCUGCUUUGUGUUGCCUUCAUCAGCGAAUGGAACCUUUCUGUUGUGGUGAGACCUUAUCACAGGAGCGGGUUGUUCUUUUUUUGGUGCUCGCCCCCUUGGGAUUGGGGUUGGUUUGUUGCAGUUUUUCUCUGUUUUUUCCUCUGUGUGUGGGUAAGCCAGGCUCCCCGGCUGCCCCAGAGCAGCCCCCGCUGCCACAGCGCCUGCUGGGCUCAGCUUCAGGCAAAUGGGUGCACUUUUAGGCUGUCGUGAGUAUUUUUCAUUGCGAAAUGCAGUCUGCAGAACAGAACGCCGUUGUGCUGUGACAUUCAUUAAAAAACAGCAGGAGAAACACCGUGUUUACUUUCCAAACUAGGCAUUUAUUUUAUAACAGCGUUGUAGCUCAAUAUGUAUUAUUUCUUUUCCCCUUGGCUGAGUUUUGUGAACUCUAAGUAAACAGGAGCGUGUUAGUCAGCCGGCUA